AAAAUACACAUUUACCCUGUCUAUGAAUCGUUCUCGUGCACAAAUGCUGUUAUCGGAAGUCGAUGAUCAGUGAUCGGCACAGCCAACAGGUUGUCAUCGAGUGCGCACUGAGAAACCUUUCGUAGCUGCUGCCUGCUGUGUCACAGGAGUAAACUCCCUCUACCAUAAAGUUUCAGACAGAGAAGCAGAUCAUGUCCAGCAGAAAGACUACUGCGUACUCCCCUCGUACCUUUCUGCUGCUGCUGCUGCUGUUUGACGCAGGACAGCUGGGUGUCGAGACUCACCCGUUACUCGUGUUCCUGAUCGAUGGAUUCCGCUACGACUACAUGGAUGACCUGCACGAUUUACCCGGAUUUCGUGAGCUUGUGGAAAAUGGUGUGAAGGUUGACCACUUAACGCCGGACUUCCCAAGCUUGUCAUACCCAAAUUAUUAUUCCUUGAUGACAGGCCGUCAUUGUGAUAUUCAUCAGAUGACUGGAAACUACAUGUGGGAUGAAGUCUCCAAGAAAGAAUUCCUAAUUGGGACCAAUCCUGACAGCCGAUUGCCAAUUUGGUGGGAUGGGUCAGAACCACUGUGGGUCACCUUGCAGAAGCUGGGAAGGAAGGUUUUCAUGUACUACUGGCCGGGCUGUGAGGUGGAGAUUCUGGGUGUCCGUCCAUCUUUCUGUGAGGAAUACGUGUACAACCCCUCAGAGAAAAAUCUCACAGCAUCAAUAACAAAUGCACUAACAGUCUUAAGAUCAAACCAAGCAGACAUGGCAGCAAUAUAUUAUGAGAAAAUUGAUGUGGAGGGCCAUCACUUUGGUCCAGACUCUCGUCAGGUCAAAACAGCUGUGCAACAACUGGAUCUUGCAAUGCAGAAACUCAACAGCAAAAUCAAAGAGAUGAAUAUGGUGAACCAGCUGAAUAUAAUGUUGUUUUCAGACCACGGUAUGACAAAAAUCCACUGGAUGGAGAAGGUCAUAGAGCUGGAUAAGUAUAUCAACAUGUCAGACAUUGUCAAGAUGAUGGACAGAGGCCCAGUGGUCAGUCUUUGGCCAGAAGAUAACAAGUUCCAGGAGGUAUAUGCCAAAUUGUCUGAGGUCCCUAACAUGGAUGUCUAUGCCAGAGAAGAGAUCCCUGAACGAUUCCAUUACAAGAAAGGAAAGUUUGUUUCCCCCCUUACACUAGUGGCUGAGCCAGGAUGGUUUAUCGCUCAGAACAAGGCAAGUCUCCCCUAUUGGAAAAAUGACUCUGGGGAAGCGUCAGCAUGGCAAAAUGGCUGGCAUGGGUACGACAAUGAGUUCCUUGACAUGAGAGGGUUCUUCUUGGCAACAGGACCUGACUUCAAGAUGAAUGUACGGGCAGCUCCAAUUCGAUCGGUGGACAUCUAUAAUCUGAUGUGCUGGACGUUGGGAGUGGAUCCCCUGCCCAACAAUGGGUCCUGGUCUCGGGUUGAGUGCUUGCUGAAUAGUUCUAUUGGUGUAUCACAUUCCUUCUGGAUCUACUCCAUUGGUCUACUAGCAAUCAUACUGACAACACAGCCCGAAAUGAUUUAACAGGUUUGUUUAUGGCGUUUGAUAAUAGCUAGAAAUUGUUUUAUUUUCUAGAAACAUUUAACUAUGCAGAGGUUAAUAUUUGUGAAAGAAAGUAUCUGUGAAGGGAAUAAAUCAGCUUGAGAUAGAAUAAACAACACAUAAACUGCAUCGUAAAAAGCACGAUCUACCUGUCUGCCUCCUGUCUCCAGAUAUUUAACAGACUAUUUUUAAAUUUACUCCAGCAUUAGCUGUUUUGGUUUGGUGCCAAUAAGCCCUUCAGUCUUUGGUAAGUGGACGAAGUUGCAGGAAGCAAAUCUGGUCGAGAGCAACAGUUUUUUGUUAGAGCAUCGUGGCAUGUGACACAUUUCCUCUUUAGUUUGACAAAAACGUCUGUGUUUGCUGUCAGUGCAGGCCUGUCACAGGUCCGUAACACCGACCUUUGAUUGACUGUUUUCACUUCUUAUGGUUGGGUGAUUUUGAAAUCCUUUUCAGUCUUUAUGGUGUUUGAUUAUUGGUCCUUGUUUUCACAUGUUCUUUCAUUUAGCUGUCUUAAAUUUGUGUUAGAUCUGCAACAGCCUGUGUAACACACCUUUUGUGAAAAGUAAUCUAUAUAAAUAAAUUUGAAUAAAUUUGAAAAAGUGAUCAGAGGGUGCUUGUUGUUGUAGUCAUGUAGUUGUGCAGUUAGUAUUAAUGACUCCAACAUCAUUGUGAAGUUUGCGGACGACACUACAGUGGUGGGUCUUAUCACCAACGGUGAUGAGACAGCCUA